CUUCUCGUGCGCUUACAUUUAACAACUAAGACUGGAUGGACGUUGGUGUAGCCCAUUUUACUGCUCAUUAUGUAGACUUUGUAACGCCUUGGUUGGUGUAACUUUACUGCUCAUGAUGCGGACUUUGUAACGCCAACCUUGACGGAGACUGUGGUACAACAUAUGGAAUAUAGACAUACACAUCGUCCACCAUCUUGUUUGAAUAAACUUGAAGGGUUUGAGUUUGUGUCUGCUUAAGGAGGGCCGAAGUUCUGUAUCGCAAUCUAAGCUUGGCAGUUUUUGUCCACGCAUGACUGGACAAGUUUGGGUUGACAGAACUCAAGGUUUAUUGUUGUGUUGAUCAUUUCAUUGAAUAGUUGUCAUGGCGAAUGAGGAUUACAAGCUAGAGGUAGUGGUACAAAACUGCUUCCAGUCUAUUGGUGAAGCCCCUCACUGGGAGGUGCCGACCCAAAGUCUGCUGUGUGUGGACAUCUUCAACGGCGGAAUUCUUCGUUGGCACAGAGAGACGGGAAAAAUAGCACAGAUUAAUGUUGGUGAGUUAAACACAAGUAUUUCGAAGAGGAUUAUUUACUUAUUCAUGAAACAGAGGAUGAUUUGAUUAUGCACAUAAAUAGAUGAUUAUUUAUGAUAAUACAUUUGAGUAUCUUGUAAAUAGCAAAGAAGUAAGUUUUUUGAACAUCCAAUAAAAUAAAUUAUUUUUUCAUAUUAAAAGUUAUUACAGUUUUCCUGACCCCCCCCUCCCCCCCCCCACCUACAAAUUUAAAAGCGGUUUUCUCUUUUUUAAUAUCUGUCAUUAAUAAGAGAUUAUUUCACCUCCAUGCCUCCAUUCCUGUUCUUGUAAGAUAAGUUGUGUGUCAAACACUGACCAGUCUGGUCCGAGCCAAUUGUGUCCAGCUGUAUUUGACUACAUCUACGAGUCAGCUGAUGUUUCAUGGGCGUUGCCAGCAAAUGCCAUCAAGAAAUUACUUCUCUAUAAAGUUAUUUUAAUUUUUUUAAGUUAAUUAUUUGACUUAUUAAUGGGUUUUUACAUUAAUUUUUUUUUUCUUGACAAAAAAAAAAAAAGCAUAAAUUUAUAAGAAAACUAUUUAAUGUGUAAUUAGUUGAAUAAUCAUCCUUAACACUCAUAUUUUAUUUUUUUUAAUUAAUUUUUUUACUUUUUAAUUGGUUUUUUACUUAAAUUUUUUUUUUUUUUAAAAAAAAAAAAAAAAGCAUAAAUUUAUAAGAAAACUAUUUAAUGUGUAAUUAGUUGAAUAAUCAUCCUUAACACUCAUGUCUUCCUUUGAACAAAACAAGAUGGCAAUAUCGGCUUUGCUAUUCCCCGAAGUCAGGGUGGCCUGAUAGUCGGACACAACAAUUCUUUGGCCACUUUGGACUUUGAGACCAAAAAAUUGGGAGUUCUGGCAACCGUGGAAGAUGGAACCGGAAACAGAUUUAAUGAUGCUAAGUGCGAUGCCUCGGGCAGACUCUGGGCAGGUAUGUUUGGCUUGAAGGCUGGGGGCAAGUAUGUUUGGCUGGAGGCAGGUAUGUAUGGCUGUGUGCGUGUAUUUGUGGCUGUGGCAAGGUAUGCAUGGUAAUGGGCAGAUAUCGAAUGGUGAGAUAUUGAGACCACCCAUCCCAUGCAGACAUUGGACAUAACACAUUUUGUUCUGUGGUCAGUGUGGGUCAGUGGGUCAUGCCAGUCAUAGUCAUGGUCUUGGUCUUUAAUUCGGGAGUCCACUAUGAAUAUUAGUAAUAAAAAAAUCUAGUUAUAACAUUGUUAGAACAUUUUUAGCUAUUGAACAGCGAUAUUGAUCACAAACUAUUUCUUAAUUUUUCAGCAAAAUAAAGUAUCCUAUCCAGGGAUUAUUCAAAAGAUGAAUGUUGUUUGGCCUAGUUACUUCCCAAAUCCCUUUUUUUUCAUAUUUAAUUUUUUUACAUUUGGAAGGAUUGAGCGUUGGGGUGGCUGUGUGGCUGUGUGGCUGCGUGGUUGUGUGGCUGCAAGGCUGUGUGGCUGUGUGGCUGCGUGGCGGCGUGACUGCUUGGCUUUGUGGCUGCGUGGCGGCGUGGCUGUGUGGCUGCGUGGCUGUGUGGCUGUGUGGCUGUGUGACUGCUUGGCUUUGUGGCUGUAUGGCUGUGUGGCUGCGUGGCUGUGUGACUGCCUAGCUGUGUGGCUGCGUGGCUGCGUGGAUUUGGCUGCGUGACUGCUUGGCUUUGUGGCUGCAUGGCUGUGGGGCUUCGUGGCUGUGUGGUAAAAACUCUUCUCCAUGCUAGAUGGAAUGUGGCUGGGUGGCGGCGUGGCUGUGUGGCUGUGUGGCUGUGUGGCUGUGUGGCUGUGUGGCUGCGUGGCUGUGUGGCUGUGUGGCUGUGUGGCUGCGUGGCUGUGUGGCUGCCUAGCUGUGUGGCUGCGUGGCUGCGUGGAUUUGUGGCUGCGUGACUGCUUGGCUUUGUGGCUGCAUGGCUGUGGGGCUUCGUGGCUGUGUGGUAAAAACUCUUCUCCAUGCUAGAUGGAUGGAGCCGAAUUCCCCACCUAAGCCUGACAAUUAUUAUAUACGUUUUCUCUCUCCUUACAACCAAACCCCACCAAACCUGAGAUGGGGGGGGGGGAGGGUGACUGUAAUGGUUUAAAUUUGGGGUCGCCGAACCGGGGUCAAUGACCACCAGAGCAUUUUGUGGGCUUAGUUGCCUUGUUUAUCUUACACCAAGAAAUAUCCAGGAUUUUAAUCGUUGAUAUAAUCACAUUUAUUUAGAGGCUACUUCAACAACUCAUCGUGUAAAUAGACUCAAUUGACGGCCACCAUUUUUAAUGUAAAUAGUCAAUGGUUUUCUUACUCUCAAAUCAUGGGAGGACUUAAACCAUUUCUACAUGGGGUUCAUAGCUAAAUAAAGACCCGAACCCUGGUAUACACACUCCUUGUUGGGCUGAUGUGUAUCUAGUGGAAUAUCUCAUGGAACUAGUGUCACACACACACACACACGCACACACACAUACAUACACACACACCACUGUGAGAAUAACUCGUACUUCCUUUAAUAACUUCACGUUCACAUGAGAUGAGACAACAUUUCUGACAGGUACGAUCAUCUCGUGGUUCUGUUCUAUCUAUUUACUCAGCUCCACCGCCAAACCCCUUCUCCUAUAUCACUUUACGUACCCCCCAACCCCUUCUGUGAUAGUGUACAAUCAAUGAAACAAGAGACGUUAUACACUGUUGUACUAAUGAUUGUGUACAGUACACUUGUUCGUUUCAGGGAAAUUAAACUAGAAGCCCUAAUAUGCCUAUUAUUCCAAUCUCUAUUUAAAACUGUUUUAUCGAAAAGGUACCAUGGGUCCGGUAGUGGCCACAGGAACGCCACAAAUGGGAGUCGGCACUCUAUACAGCCUGUCACCUGACCACAAACUAGCCAGUCACCUGACAGAACUGAACAUCAGUAAUGGAAUGGAUUGGUCGCCAGAUAACACUGUCAUGGACUACAUUGACUCCAUGUCAUAUAGCGUGGCAGCUUUCGACUUUGACAUUUCCAGUGGAACAAUGAGUGAGUAGUGACGUCAUGAUGUGAAAAUGACGUCAUGAUGUGAGUGAUGACGUCAUGGUGUGAGUGGUGACGUCAUGAUGUGAGUGGUUAAUUCACCCAAUUGUAUGUAAACAUUCCAAUAUUACAAAAGCAAGAAAGUGAAAUAAUCAAAAGAUGGUAAUGUAAAAAGAUAUUUUCUUUAUUUUAAAAGUUAAUUCAAAUAAAAUCUAUAGCUACAAAAACGAAUUGCCCACCCCCCCCCCCGCCCUCAAACUUCCAAAGUGCAGCCCGGGUGCAGUGGCUUCCCUGCCGCCCCCUCCCCAAUGUUAUCAAACCUCCUCAUAUGAAAAGUACAAUCAUCAUUUUCAUCUAAUCCUGUUGCCAAACCAAAGCCGUCGCCUAGGGUUACGCCAGGCUUAAGUAUUGUACACAUGCAAGCAGAUAAGAGACACGUGCAAGUAGAUAAGAGACACGUGGAAGUAGAUAAGAGACACAUGCAAGUAGAUAAGAGACACGUGGAAGUAGAUAAGAGACACAUGCAAGUAGAUAAGAGACACAUGCAAGUAGAUAAGAGACACAUGCAAGUAGAUAAGAGACACGUGCAAGUAGAUAAGAGACACAUGCAAGUAGAUAAGAGACACAUGCAAGUAGAUAAGAGACACAUGCAAGCAGAUAAGAGACACAUGCAAGUAGAUGAGAGACACAUGCAAGCAGAUAAGAGACACAUGCAAGUAGAUAAGAGACACAUGCAAGUAGAUAAGAGACACAUGCAAGCAGAUAAGAGACACAUGCAAGUAGAUAAGAGACACAUGCAAGUAGAUAAGAGACACAUGCAAGUAGAUAAGAGACACAUGCAAGUAGAUAAGAGACACAUGCAAGUAGAUAAGAGACACAUGCAAGCAGAUAAGAGACACAUGCAAGUAGAUAAGAGACACGUGCAAGUAGAUAAGAGACACAUGCAAGUAGAUAAGAGACACGUGCAAGUAGAUAAGAGACACAUGCAAGUAGAUAAACUACGCAAAACAGUUAUCUUAUUGCAAAUAGUUCCAAUUAUAAACUUGUAUUAAGUGAUGUUCAGAACGCAUUGCAUUACACUGAGUGAUUUUUAUGUUUCUUGUGCAUGUUAUUUCAGAAUCGUGUAAAAUUUUUUUUACUAAGAGACAGCUGCAGUCCUUUGAUGAACAGAUGUGUUAGUGCUUGACAGCGUCGAACGUCGAUAUGCGUUCAGGUUCUGGACACAAAAAAUAUAUAUUCAUCGCUUUUCGAAUCUGGUGUUAUGAAAAAUGUGUGUAACUUUGGUCGAUGAAGUUUUUAGGAGAAUACUCUUAACAUUCUUUGACAUUUCGACGUCUGCCUUUAAAUUCAGUGCACACUCAUUGGCAACGGAGAUACAAGUCCCACUGCCAUAUGUCAAACAUUCUGUUUCGCAGUCAUAUCGACAUGUACCAAAACCUGGCUAGUGAGUUUUCAGUUCGUCUGUAAAUAAACUGUCACGUUUAUGUUUUCUUUUUUUAAAUCAAGUAUAUAUUUCUUUUUUAUUCAACUUGAAAAAUUUAUUAUAUAUCAAUUAUGAGGAGCUCGUGUUACCGUUAUGUCUACAAACAUGACUUCCGGAACAAGAAGUUUCGAUGUUUACCCUAGUAGCCCUUACUGUUGAGCUAAAUAUAGCUGGCACGUGUGUUUAGUUAACGGGACACACAAGUGUAUAACACGGAAAAGUAAGUAAGAAAGUAGGCUAUAGAUGGGGACGGGCAGGGGAAAACCCCGGGACAAAAGACACGGGGACGCCGGGACAGGGUUCUAAAAAGAAGACAAAUUUGGGGAAACCCCGAUGCAUGAUAGCCCUUUACCCGCCCCCUCCCCCCCCCCUAGAUUCGCCACUGCUUGGCUUUGUUUGAUGAUACGAUCUGAUGUUACUACCUUUACAGGUAACAAGUGAGUCUUGGCUGAGUUUGAUAACAAGAUCUAAUGUUACUACCUUCACGGGUAACAAGUGAGUCUUGGCUGAGUUUGAUAACAAGAUCUAAUGUUACUAUCUUCACAGGUAACAAGAGAGUCUUGGCUGAGUUUGAUAACAAGAUAUAAUGUUACUACCUUCACGGGUAACAAGUGAGUCUUGGCUGAGUUUGAUAACAAGAUCUAAUGUUACUAUCUUCACAGGUAACAAGAGAGUCUUGGCUGAGUUUGAUGAUACGAUCUGAUGUUACUAUCUUCACAGGUAACAAGAGAGUCUUGGCUGAGUUUGAUGACAAGAGUAUGCUCCCAGAUGGAAUGUGCACGGACAUUGAAGGAAAACUUUGGGUGGCCUUUUAUAGAGGGAGCCGUGUGUGCAGACUGGAUCCAGAGACUGGUACGUGCUAGAGCAUACUUAUUUACACGUAAUAUGUGGGUCUUGUACACAGUUAAAGUACUAGUCCUCAAGUAUGCAGAUAAAAUAUGCACACUUAGAACACAUUUUUAAAGGCUACGAGUCUUCAUGUACUUUAACUUAAUUUUAUAAUGGACAUUUCCUAAACUUCCUUUCUUGUAUGACCUUUAACCUUAAUGUUAUGUUUAUAUUCUAAACUUAUUUAAGUUUCAAAUCGAUGCCAUUAUCAGGCCAGGGCAAAUUAACUCCUUUCUUCCACGGGCUACUAUUCAUUAUUCAUAACGACGUCAUUGUUUAAAUAAAUAAUACAAUGUUUAUAUUAUUUUAUGUGCAAACAGGGAAGACACUCCAGACUAUUUUGUUUCCCGCGACAAACGUCACUUCCUGCUGUUUUGGCGGGAAAGACUUGGAUGAACUUUAUGUGACGUCAAGUGUGUACCAAGUUUCAGCAGAUGAUCUCAAACACAAACAACCCCUGGCGGGUUCUGUCUUUAGAGUUACCGGACUUGGUGUCAAGGGCAAGCCCGCCAACAACUUCCGAGGCUAGAUUUGAGACUGGACACACAUUUUAGUAUUUAUAAUGGCGGGGCGCCCGAUACAUGCCGCCCAGAGCUAACUCCAACCCCCAGUUUUUUCCCCUUCCCCUUAAAUAAAAUAUAAAUAAAUAUUUAAAAAAAAGUGUUUGGUAAUAAGUUGCCCAUACACAUUAAUAUAGAGGCCUUACUUACCGAAAAUUAUGUUGUAAAUUAAAAUAAAGGGU